UUUUGCAACAAGAAAAAAGUAGACAAACAAAAAGCUGCUUUUAUUUUCGAAUUUUCAGCAAAAUAUGCCAUGUCAGCACACAGUGGAAAAAAGGCUGACGCGACAGCAACGGCGCUGCAAAGGCACGUGGAUGCCAAAAGCCAAAGCAAUAUUGAUCAUUUUAUAAUUGAUACGUGUGCGGAUGAACUAUACUACUGUGAGGAUUGUGGCAAUGACUACGACAGCAUCGAGGCGUACAACAAUGCACACAGCGGCCUCGACAGCUGCACAGGCGCCGUCGAGGCCUGUUCCAAAGUUUCCCUUCAUGCCGUCGAGAUGAAAAAUGAAGCGGACGGCGAAGAUGAUCGAGUGGAUGUUGAAUCCCUUAUCCUCGAAGAUGAUCUAAUUGAGGAAGUCGACGAUGCAAGUGAACCUCAGCUUUGGGAGGUGCUCGAUGACGAUGAGGUACUGCUGCCAGCCGAAGUCGAGGACGAGGCGCAAACUGAACCUGAGGCUGAGGCUCAGUCAGAGCAAAUGUCCAGCAAGUCAGAGCGUUACUUUUGCUUCGAUUGCCACAGCAUAUUCGUGACACGUGAGAGUGCCGAGGAGCACAGCUGCCCCCAGGCAGAAGCAACAACAACAACUACAACGGGUGGCAAACCGAGCACUGCCAACAAGUUGGCCAAAACGCAGACGCCAGUGAGACGCAAAGGGGCAACAGCCACAGCAGCGAGCAGCAAUAAUACGGCCACUGUUUGCCACAUUUGCAAAACCAAAUUCAGUUCAGCCAAAUGCCUCAAGUUUCACAUGCGCAUCCACAACAAGCGUGCCUCCAAAUCCAUACAGGAUGCAUUACCUGUUGGCGCACAUCAGCAGUACAGCGAACUGGAUCAAUUCUAUUGCGAAAUCUGCAACAAGAGCUUCGAAAAAAACCUGUUAACGGUACAUAAACAGAUGCAUCAGAGCCAUAAACAGUUUCUGUGCGGCACUUGCAACCGCAAAUUCGAUAAUCUAACCAACUAUAAGAUGCAUCUGAAGAUCCAUGAACGUCACGCGCUGAGCAACAACAACAAGCCCAGUAAAAAGGCCGCCAGUGUGGACAGGGAUAAGCCAGGAUUCGCCUGCCAGUACUGCGAGCGGGUCUUCUCGCGUCCCUACGAGAAAGUGAAGCACGAACGUGUGCACACUGGCGAGAAGCCUUACAGCUGUGAGGUGUGCGGCAAAACGUUUCGUGUCUCCUACUCCCUCACGCUCCAUCUGCGCACGCAUACUAACAUACGGCCGUAUGUGUGCACCACGUGCAACAAACGCUUCAAGUCGCAUACGGUUUACUCGCACCAUUUGCGCAUUCACAGCUCGGAGCGUCAGUAUGUUUGUGAUAGCUGUCCGAAAUCCUUUCGCACAUCCGUGCAGCUCUACGCGCACAAGAAUAGUCACACCAAACCUUAUCAGUGCGCCGUCUGCAAUCGUCCCUUUUCCUCACUCUACGCCGUCAAGGCACAUAUGUCCACCCACAAAACGAACGAUGCGAAGAGCGCCGGCAACCAGGUCACCAAGAGCCAAAACAUGUCCAAUAAAUAUUGGUGUGUUACCUGCGGUGCAGAGUAUGCGCGUCCCUUUGCGCUCCGCCUGCACAUGAAGGCUUCCCACGGGCAUCAAGAUGAUGCGGAUACACGCUUUGCGAAAAUCGCACCAACAGAUGAUGACGAUGAGAUUAUUGUGCCCGAUACAGAGACGGCGGUGCUCAUAGCAGCGGCUAAGGCGGAUUCAGCGUAUCUGUGCGAUGAGGCCAAUGAAGUGGAUAUUAUGGGUGCGGUGCCCAAAUACGAGGAAUGCAUUGAAGUAUCAGCAGAUGCGUUCGAUGUGGAAACCUUUCACAACGAGGAGAUCAUCACCGACUGGCUGAAGUAGUGGGAGUAAUA